UCCGCUGCCUUGUCGUCCGGACUCACCUGUUUGUCUGCGGACCACCUGAGAUGUUGUGACUCCAGCGGUCAGUUCUUCACAAUGAAGCUGCGAGUUCGGAUCCUUCGGCGGACCAGCAGACUGGAGCUACUGGGAGAAGAUCCCAGUGUGGCAGAACUCACAGAGCAGAUCAGGGAGCAGCUGCUGUCCAGCCAUGGACUCGGCUCAGACACAGAGUUCAGUUUGUCUCUAAACGGGUCGGAGCUGCUCUCAGGUUCUGAUCAAACUCUGUCGUCCUGUGGAAUCGUCUCUGGAGAUCUGAUCUGUGUCCUGCUGCCUCAGUCUGCAGACGCAGCAACCACCAACACCACCAGCAGCAGCUCAGUGAACCAGAACCAGAACCAGCAGACCGACAGCCAGACAUCGGACCAGCCCAGCUCCAGUUCUGCGGCUCCGUUGGGCCUCGGGGACCCUGACCCGACGGACUCUGGUCACGUGACCUCCGUCUGGGAGCCAAUGCUGUGCUGUGAAGCUGAGGAGGGCGGAGCCCCGCUGUCCCUGGAGCUGCUCUACCAAUCAGCUGGCAGCACCAGUCCCAGCGACGCCGUCAUGGUGGCGGCUCACCUGCUCAUGAUCGAGACGGGAUUCACCCCUCAGAGCUGCCAGGUGAGCUCUGCUCAGGUGUCCGUCCAGAUGCCUGCAGGUUGGAGGACCCCAGCUGGAGUGUACCGGCUGCAGUACCUCCAUCCUCUGUGUGGGGGCAGCGUGGUGUCGCUGCUGGCGGUCAGUCUGGGCCCGGUUCUGAGCAUCAACACGACUCUGAAGGUGACGGAAAACGUGGCGACGCCUCGUAAACUGUGUCUGGAUCCAUCGAGCUACGUGACGGCCGAGUGGGCAGGAGGAAGUGCUGCUGCUGCGUUCAGGGACCUCAGGAAACUGUCACGAGUCUUCAAGGACCAGCUGGCAUAUCCGCUGAUCGCCGCCGCCAGAGACGCCAUGUCUCUUCCGGUGGCGUUCGGCCUGCAGGUUCUUCCUCCGGAGCUCCUCCUCCGGAUCCUUCGGCUGCUGGACGUUCGAUCGGUGGUCCGACUGUCGGCCGUCAGUCGACACUUCAGCGCCGCCACCGCCGACGCCUCGCUGUGGAGGCACCUGUGCCUGCGGGACUUCGCGAGUUCAGACGGAAACCGAUCCAGAGACUCGGACUGGAAGGAGGUCUAUAAACGGGCCUAUAAGCUCGCCCGUGACCUCCGGCACUCGGGUCGUGUCCGCUGGCUUCCUCCUGACCUGCCGGACUUCAUGGUGCCGCCGCCCCGGCCCUGCUUCCCGCCGCUGCCCGGCAUCAUCGGCGGCGAAUACGACCAGAGACCCAACCUGCCCCGCCUGCUGCCCCGGCCCCGCUACGACCCCAUCGGGCCGCUCGCCGACCCCGACCGGCGGCGCCACGACUUCCACAGAGGCCCGCCGAGCGGCGGUCGGGCCGCCAACAUCCGCAGAGGGUUCAUCUGAUCCCCGCUUGUUCCAGGACUGAUCAGAACAUCAGCAGCAGGCUCAGGACUGACUUUAGGAGUUAGACAUGAAUGAUUUGUGCAGCGUGACGUCAGCACUUUAAUACUUUAACUGGUGAGUUCACGAUAAAUGACGUCAGCUUGAACAUAUUUAUGUAGAAACUGCACUGAAAACACAUGAAUAAAAUACAGAAGCAACGCAUGAAA